UCGCAGAUAUGUCAAUAUAUGAUGCCUUUCUACAAUAUAACUCAUGAAUCGACGCUGUUCUUUUUUCCGCCUCUCCAGGAUGAGCUUGCUGUCGUAUCAUGUUCGCCAGGUGGCUUAUAUCUGCUUAAUUAUAUUGAUCCUAUACACCAUCAUUCAUGCACUACAGAGGGAGGAAAGAGUGACUGAUCGGGAUGCUCAAUUGAAGCAGAUUGCAAAAUAUAUUCAGUCAGGGAAACAAAGUUCAGAAAUAUGGCAGGGUCGACAGGCCUGUAAACAUCCACACCUUGACGUGAAAAGCCCUGACAUCAUGAAGUUCAUCAAGGAUGAAGGGCCUAUAACCUGUGGCGAGGAAGAGGAUUGGGUCAAAGUGGUUGGCAGUAAUGCAGUCAUAACUCAGGAAGCUAAAAAAAAAUAUGGCGAUAUAGAAUGUUCUUUUACAGAUGUAUUAAGGACCAAUGACUUCACCAACCAAAUCGGCCUUACCACCACUACCCACACUGAAUACAUACUUGAAGGUAGUGAUUUUGUGAGAGUUAGAUGUGCUGGUGAAUCUGGUAACAGGUGGAGUAGUAUCUUGGCUGGAGUAAGACAUGAUCAAGACAUUCUGGAUCGGACUGGAUGGCACCUUUUACCGCCUACAGCGCUUGGACUCAAUAUCCUAAUGUUUGGUUUUGACUCACUGUCAAAGAAUACAUUUAUGAGGAAGUUGCCCAACAGUUACAACUACCUGAAGGAGAACUUGAAGGGCAUAGUCCUUGAAGGUUACAAUAUUGUUGGUGAUGGCACCCCUCAAGCUCUUAUCCCAAUCCUCACUGGCAAGACAGAGUUGGAGCUGCCAGACACAAGAAGGAGAAUGGGAUCAAAGGCAGUUCAUGUCAAUGUCUACCCUUUUAUUUGGAACAAGUUCAAAGAGAAUGGUUAUGUUACAAGCUAUAUGGAAGAUACUCCCGGGACUGGUAUCUUUACCUAUCGCUUGAAAGGUUUUAAUGAAGUUCCUACUGACCAUUACAUGCGCCCAUUUUAUCUUGAAGCAGAACCUGACUAUAGCAGAUUCAAGAAGUAUUGCAUAGGUUCCAUCCCAAGGCAUAAGACCAUGCUGGAUCAUAUGAAGCACAUGUACAGAGUCUAUAAGGACCGUCCAAAGUUUAUUUUUGGAUUUCACGGGGAGCUAUCUCAUGACUCUUACAAUCUGAUCGGAGCAGCAGAUAAUGAUCUCAAAGAGUGGCUGGAGUGGUUCAAGACUGGAGGUCAUCUCAAUAACACUCUGCUGAUUCUCAUGAGUGAUCAUGGGCACAGGUUUGCUGAGGUGAGGAACACCCAACAGGGCAAAUUGGAGGAAAGAUUACCGUGGUUCAGCUUUAUUUUGCCACCAUGGUUCGAGACAGCAUAUCCAAUGGCUGCAGCAAAUCUCCGUAAUAACAUCCAUCGAUUGACCACACCAUUCGAUAUUUAUCCCACUCUCAAUUCAGUGCUCGUUCCUCCUCCAUUCAUCAAGGGAAACAUCUCUCACAGGUCCAUCUCAUUAUUCCAAGAGGUACCAAAGGAGCGAACUUGUGCUGAUGCUUUUAUUGAACCCCAUUGGUGUGCCUGCCUUGAUUGGGAAUCUGUCAGCUGUAAUGAUCCAGUCGUACUGGGUGCCAGUCGACAUCUUAUAAGUGGCAUCAACAACUACAAUUCUGAAUUUUCGGAUGAAUGUCACACUCUGCAAAUGAAAGAAGUACAAUGGGCUGCUCGCCUCAUUCCCUCAAAUGCUCUUCGCAGAUUCAAGUCAUCAAGAGAUAGCGACGGGUUUGUUCCUGAUCUGUCAGCAGACACUCAGAUAACAAAGGUGACCUACCAAGUGAAGGUACUGGCUUCACCUGGUGGUGCUAUCUUUGAAGCAUCUUUAUCAUACGAUCUAUCUCAGGAAGAGUACUCCUUUAGGAUCGAGGAUGUCAGCAGAAUCAACCAGUACGGAGCUCAGGCCAGUUGUAUAGAACAAUCACAAGAACAGUUACGAAAAUUUUGCCUUUGCAAAAACUAGAUUCAUUUGUACUAUUCGCCUAUUUAACAUUAUUUAUUUAUUUUUAAUGUUUAUUCUAGUGCCAAAUGUAUUAAUUUUGAUCUCUUAUAUUGUCAUGAGUGACUUGUAAAAUGUUUCCAGAAAAAUCCAUGCGUCAAUUUAAAUAUUUACUAGCGAGAGAAGGGUUUUUCAUCUAUUUCAUGUCCCGUCCAUUUCUUAUGGAUUAGUGUUAUUUCAUCAACUGUCCACUUAAUAAUGAAAUCCAGAUUACAAUACCUAAUCUGAUAGUAAAAUUCAGAUCAAAAUUAAACAUGUCUAAUUUUAACUCAUCUGUAUAACGUUUAUACUUUUUGUUAUAUCUCACAGAUUUGUUUUGCAUUUUGCAUGUAAGACGGGCAAUGUUGAAAUGAAAUGGAGAAUAUCAUAAACUAUUCUGUAGUAUUGCCAUUAUUACUCUAAUAACUUAUUGCUCUAUCUGCAGGGACUCUAUUUUGAAGAUAUAAAAUUCAAGAUUGUCCAAAAUGUUUGUUAUAAACAAAAAUCAGGACUAAUAUUUUAGGUAUAUUAUAUAUCUGUAUUUUUUUUUUAUACACCCUAGUGUAUUAUAUCUGUCUGGGAUUAACUCAGAAUAAAUUUGUAUUCACUAAAUUCCACAAAUUUUGUCUUGAACUUUUAAAUAAAAUAUUUUUAACCAAACAUAAAAUUCUACAAAAUUCAAAAAAUAAAAAUUACUUAAAUUUAUACUGAAGUUUUAUAAAAACCAUGAUGGUUAAGAGUUCAGAUUCAACGUUGCCAGAUAAGAAAUCACUUUCUAUAGUUGGUAACAAAUGGAUAUGGAAAACCCGUUCAAUAUUCAAAUAUAGUCUUUACAAUUGUGUAAGUGAUCAGUAUGGUUUGAAAAUAUUCUCUGAAAUGAGGUACAUUCAAAAUUUGUCGCAAUGGAGCGAUUACGUUUCCAUAAUAUCUGAAACUAUUAAGUGAUUUCAACAAAUAAAAAGCAAUUUCCAUAAGUCUGAUUAUUGGUUACCUGCUAGUGUAAUUAUGAAUUUAUUGUUCUAGUUUUAUGCCUCUAGUGAAUAUGUGGUUAAUUUCAUAUAGUUGAAUCUAUUGAUUGAGUUGUAAAAACAAUAAUGAAUAAUAAACAAAUGUAAAAAUGGUGAGGUAAAGCAACUUAAAAUUUUUCAAAAACUGAUUUAGAAAAUCACUAAUCUUUGAAACUGAUAUUUGUCUUGACCACUUAUUCACUAAGAUGACCAUGUAUAGGCUUAUUUUUUGUAGGAAAACAAAAAGCUAGAUAAAAUGUUAUUCUAAGGUGUUAUUUGUGAUAUAAU